CAGCAGAGCUUGUUACUGAAUCCAAGAAUCUAACAGGUUUUGCAUUUGCAAGAAUUUGGGAUACUGUAAGUCAGGAAUUAGUGGAAGAAAGUAUCAUUGCGAAUGUAGAUGUAGAAGAAUCUGUUGAGUCGAGAGACUUCUGGAGCAAACUUUUGGCUCACGUUGCAACGACUGCCUCUGCUGAAGAACCUUUACAAGGCAGGGGAGCUCGGAAGCGAAAUCAAGUAGAUUAUUAUGAGGGAGAUAUAUCAACUCCCAGAAAGAAAAUGGGAAAGAAACGCUCAAUAGAUCCAGAUUUUAUUCCCGUAGAGAAGGAAGAAGUUGUUUCAUCGGAGACGGAUACCGAGAAUGAGUUGGAGGAUCUUAGUGUGCUUGAUAUUUCUGGUAGAAAGCCGGCGUCUUUUAGGGGAGGGAUACUUACGAACAGGAAAAACGAUGAAACGAAGAAAUCAAGACAAUCAAGACCAAAUGAUGACACGAACAAUAUUACAGCGAUGAUGCCUGGACCUGGUCUUCACAAUAUUAACAAUUUUACUUCAGAUCACCAAAUUGUAUCCGGGUCAGCUACUAAUACGCCCGAAAUUUAUAAUUAUAAUACUUCAAUGCCAUAUUACCAAUACCAAUG